CGCCGGCUCGCCUGUGCAGCCGCGAUGCCCCGGAGCCCGACCCGGGCCCGGGUCCCCAGCCCACCGCGUAAUUAGCUUCCGUGCGCCCCGAGCGCGCCGCCGCCAGCGUCGCGCCCCGACGCAGCGAUGGGCAACACCGUGCACAGGACCCUGCCAGACUCGGGCCCGCCCGCGCGCCUCCUGGCCACCCGGCCGUGCUGCGGUCCCGGCCCGGAGCGGCGCCCGGUGCUGGGCGAAGCGCCGCGCUUCCAUGCGCAGGCCAAGGGCAAGAACGUGCGGCUGGACGGCCACUCGCGCCGGGCCACGCGGCGCAACAGCUUCUGCAACGGCGUCACCUUCACGCAGCGGCCCAUCCGGCUGUACGAGCAGGUGCGGCUGCGCCUGGUGGCCGUGCGCCCCGGCUGGAGCGGCGCGCUGCGCUUCGGCUUCACGGCGCACGACCCGUCGCUCAUGAGCGCCCAGGACAUCCCCAAGUACGCCUGCCCCGACCUCGUCACGCGACCCGGCUACUGGGCCAAGGCGCUGCCCGAGAACCUGGCGCUGCGCGACACCGUGCUGGCCUACUGGGCGGACCGCCACGGCCGCGUCUUCUACAGCGUCAACGACGGCGAGCCCGUGCUCUUCCACUGCGGCGUGGCCGUGGGCGGCCCGCUCUGGGCGCUCAUCGACGUCUACGGCAUCACCGACGAGGUGCAGCUGCUCGAGAGCGCCUUCGCCGACACGCUGCCGCCCACGCGCCUCAGCCAGGCCCGCUUCAGCGCCUGCCUGCCGCCUAGCAGCCACGACGCGGCCAACUUCGACAACAACGAGCUCGAGAACAACCAGGUGGUGGCCAAGCUGGGCCACCUGGCGCUGGGCCGCGCGCCCGGCCCGCCGCCCGCCGACGCCGCGGCCGCCGCCGUCCCGUGCGGGCCCCGCGAGCGCCCGCGGCCCGCGUCGUCGCCGGCGCUGCUCGAGGCCGACCUGCGCUUCCACGCGACGCGCGGGCCCGACGUGAGCCUGUCGGCCGACCGCAAGGUGGCCUGCGCGCCGCGGCCCGACGGCGGCCGCACGCUCGUCUUCUCCGAGCGCCCGCUGCGGCCCGGCGAGAGCCUCUUCGUGGAGGUGGGCCGCCCGGGGCUGGCGGCGCCCGGCGCGCUGGCCUUCGGCAUCACAUCCUGCGACCCCGGCGGCCUCCGGCCCGCCGAGCUGCCGACCGACCCCGACGCGCUGCUCGACCGCAAGGAGUACUGGGUGGUGGCGCGCGCCGGACCCGUGCCGAGCGGCGGCGACGCGCUCAGCUUCACGCUGCAGCCCGGCGGCGACGUGCUCCUGGGCGUCAACGGGCGCCCGCGCGGCCGCCUCCUGUGCGUCGACACCACGCAGGCGCUCUGGGCCUUCUUCGCCGUGCGCGGCGGCGCCGCGGGCCAGCUGCGCCUCCUCGGCACCCUGCAGUCUAGCCCUGCAACCACGUCUCCAUCAGGGUCCCUCAGUGGCUCCCAGGAUGACAGUGAUUCUGACAUGGCCUUCAGUGUCAACCAGUCCUCCUCGGCGUCUGAGUCAUCCCUGGUGACGGCCCCCAGCUCCCCGCUGAGUCCCCCGGUGUCCCCUGUGUUCUCCCCGCCGGAGCCGGCGGGCAGCAAGAACGGCGAGUGCACGGUGUGCUUCGAUGGUGAAGUGGACACAGUCAUCUACACGUGUGGACAUAUGUGCCUGUGCCACAGCUGUGGCCUGCGGCUCAAGAGGCAGGCCCGGGCCUGCUGCCCCAUCUGCCGGCGGCCCAUCAAGGACGUCAUUAAGAUCUACAGGCCGUAGCCUGGCCCACCGACGGGCCUUGGCCAGAGCAAGGUCACCUUUCUGAAGCCCCCUUGGCCGGGCAACCACCGUGGCCACCAGGGAGUCCAAGGGCAGCGGCCAUCUCGUCUGCCACUCUCCAAUGGUGGGCAAGGCGUGACACUCGUGGAGAUGAGGCCCCAGGGGUCUGAGCCCAGGCGAGGGCUGCUUCUGGCUCGAAAGUGCUUUGCCCCCAAAAAGGCCGCCCCAGAGCAAGCUCAGGAACUGCCCGGCAGA